AUGAGCAGCGGGAACACUUCUGGAUACAACAUGCUACAACCUAGACAAAGUCAGACUAUCAAGCCAAAAUUUCGUAACUCAAGCCAAAACGGAACCGGGGUAGAAAUUGAUGAAAAUUUAACCAUAAAUUCUGAUCCAAACGGCUACAAUAUCGAUAAUACUGCCGGUAGUCGAACAAGUUAUCGGGAGCCAAGUAGUAAGGUCAUUUUAGAGGGGUAUAGAAGAGAAAUCACAAGCAGUAUGGAGGAAGCAAAUGCUGCUCCAAAACUGCAACAGAGCGAAGAGAAACGACAUGUUAAUGAUCCCAUCCAAAUUCACCUACUGUCAGAGACUGCACUUAGCGAUAGCAAGGAAUAUAAAAUUUUAACACAGGAAGAAGUUGAAAUCCAAAAAAAAUUGAGUCAAUCAAUUACUUAUCGCAUUGAGCAGACGAAGCAAAACCUUGCGAUUCAAUGUAAAUAUCGUGAUGCAACUAAAACAAUAAGCAAAUUAUACUCUCCAACCUCUCUUGAUGGCAAACAACGAAGAAGUACAGCUCGAAGUAAUCAAAAUUUCAUGGCUUCAACACAAGAGGCGGAUCAAGAAAUAUUACAGAGCGAGAAAAAGUGUGAAGAGUUGGCGGCAGAACUUUUUCGUCUGGAAAAACAACUCUCGGUUUCUCAGACAGCACUUUUAAAGCAUACAGCAGGAAUAUUACAAUUGACCCACAAGAGUUCUCAACCAUUAUCAGCAGAGCUUGAUGGUGCUAACGACGAUUAUACAUAUUCCAAUCCAAAAAACGGCACUGGAACCCUAAAAGAUGACUUUUUAUUUGAUGAGAGAAGUUUGUAUAGAGAGUUGGGAAUGCUUAACGAUAGAGACAGCUCGCUCAUUAAUUCAGAUGCCCAAGCAGCGAAAUUCAGUGAGAUAACAACCAAACUAGGCAAACUUUAUGAGAAGUUAAGAAAUACUAUCAUUGAGAUUGAUCCUGAGCGAGAAAACAGUCUUAGCAGUUCUAACAGCAUAGUCACUGAUGAUAAAUCUAAUGAAAUACUACAGAAAAACUUGGAAUAUUUGGAUAAAGGUAUUUCUAUUGUCGAGCAAGAUCACUUCAAAUUUAAAGAACAAUAUGAAAAAUUAAUGACUCAAUUAAAUGAAUUAUUAGAGCAAAAAGAAGUUCUGCAAUGUCAAAUCAAACAGCAGCGAGAACUCAACAACAAAUCGAAUGCGACAAAAGAUACCGAACUAGAACAGAAAACUCAAGAGAUAUCUCGGAUGAUUUCAUCGCAAUCUAAAUUAGAUUUGGAAACCAGAUUAAUGCAGGAGAAACUUCAGAUAGUUACCGGAAAUUUGGAUGAGGCCAGAAAGAAGGAAGCCUUGCGAAAUGAAGCAAAUGAAAGCAGGAACGUUGAUGAUGUCCGAAAGGCCGAAGAAAAUGUCCUGCACGCGCAAGAUAAAAUACGUGAACUAGAGGGAAUUAAACAGGCAACGCUAAUAGAGCUAGAAGACCGUAAUAAGAACAUCUCUAAUCUUAGAGAACAACUAAAAACUAUGGAAAAUAAUCAUACCACAUCUUACAAGGAGAUGCAAGGCAUUAUUACUGAAUUACAAGGCAAGGUUGCCGAGGCGGAAUCGCGAAUCAUGUCUCUCACUCAAGAGCUAGCACUUGCAGAAGAGGCAAGACAAGAAAUUAGUACAAUUAUCGAUAAAAAAGACUCCUUACUUGCCCAAAAAGACGAAGAAAUUAAAGAAAAAAAUAUCUCUCUGGUCCAGAAAGAUACUCAGCUAAUGGAGAUAUCAUCUCAAAAAGCUAGGGCUGAUGAAUUAUUAGCUCGAAAAGACAAUGAAAUUGAGGAAGUGCUGGCUGGAAAUUCUAAAGAAAUUGACAAGCUAUCAGCUCAAAAAGACGAGGAAAUCAACGAAACAUUAUCAAAAAGAUCUAGAGACAUGGACGAAUUAUUGGCUAGAAAAGAUAGAGAGAUAGAUGAAGCACAGAUGGACAUCGCUCGGUUGCAGACUGAAGUAACGAUUGCUAAAGCUGAGCUGGAAGGCGCCUAUGGAUCACGCUCGCAACGUGCGGCCCAAGUAGCGGCAAAUCCUUUAAUCCAAAAAGAGAUUGAUAGCCUUCUCAAUACUAACAAUGAACUUGUUUCUGAGAUUGCAACACUCAGAGCUCAAGUCCUAGAGGCUGGGAUAAAUAAUAAAGAGAUAGUUGAGUUAAAAGCUCAGAUUGAUAGCCUUAUUGGUGACAACAAGAAACUCGUUGAAGAAGUUGUUGCCCUUCAAAACCAAGGAUUAGGAACUGAAACAGAUGAUAAAGGAAAAUUGGAGGAACUCAAAAAAGAGCUAGCUGACGUUCUAGAAGAAUACGAGACCAUGACAAAAGCAAGCAUCGAAUGGGAGAAAGAACGCGAGCAAUUUGAGAGAACAAUCGACAAGUUAUGGGAUACCAAGCUAGAAGUUGAAGCACAACUCAAUGAUGAGAAGGUCCGGUGGCUUGGAAUGCGAAGUCCUGGUAUAAGUGCUAGUGCAGAGGGGCUAUCUCCCGCUAAUACCAGUACUACCGUGCUUAAAAAUGAAUUCAAAAGGAUGAUGCGCGAUACCCGAGAUGAAAAUGCAAAGAUUUUGAGGGCUGAACAAGCUGAACGUCGGCGACUUGAAGAAGAACUGCGGGCUUUAAGAAGAAUGCAAGGAUUCGGAAGAUCUGGAUCAAGCCAGGGUUUUCUUAGCCCGGUAUGA